AUGGAUUUUUAAGGUAGCAUUUGCUAAGGAACUUUUACCAAUAAUGAACUUGUUGAUAUAGUAAAAGAUGAUUUGACGGGGAAGGGAAUACCAGAAGUAAAGAAAGAUUUUCCCUAAUAUUGUAGUCUCUAAUUCCAAGUCAAGAUAAUAAUUUGUAACCAGAAUAAUCAACAGUUUAGAAUAUUUUUAAUGAUGAAGAUGAAGCAAAUUUAAUAACAUUGGAGAACAUUAUUAAGUUGGAUUAGUCAAUUUCAAGUAAGAUUUUUAUAUUAUCAUAUAGAAAAUGAUAUAAAUAAUGAUAUACAAAUAAUAGUGAAGAGUUUCAAAAGCCAUUAUGUGUUCUUUAAUUUAUCACAAUAACUCAUUGAUUUCUUAAUAACAAAAUUAGUUUACUGUACCUAGAAAAAGGAGUAGUUCAUAUUUUAAUAAGGAGAUUAAGUAAAUUUCUCAAUAAAUUUUAGGCCACCUCUUACGUUAUUAUACAGAAAGGACAAGCAGAAGUUAUAAUCAAUGAAAAAUAAGUUAAAGUGAUAUCAGAAGGACAGUAUUUUGGCGAGAUUGCUUUAUUGUAUAAUACAACUAGAAGUGCGUCAAUUAAAACCAUUAGUAUUUAUAUUAAAUAUAUGUUUAGCUGAUUGCAACUUUUGGAUGCUUGACAGAAUAACCUUUAGAAAGGCAGUUGCAUCUAUGAUGAAAGCAGAGUAUGAAGAGAAUAGAAAGUUUAUAAACGAAAUUGAAUAAUUCUCCUUUAUGACACCUUAAUAAAAAGAUAAAGUUGCUCAUUCACUAAUUAAAACAAAAUUUGAACCAGGAGAUUCUAUUGUGAAUGAAGGGGAUUAAGCAGAUUCAUAUUAUAUAAUUAAGUCAGGAACGAUCGGAGUUUACAAAGGGAAUAAAUAAAUUAAUACUAUGGGGGUUUUAGACUUUUUGGUGAAUAAGCCUUAUUUCAGAACAGUCAAAGAGGAGCAUCAAUAAAAGCUGUAACAGAAGUCAAAUGCUUGUCUUUGGGAAGAGGUAACUUAACUAUCAUUUUGGGGGAUCACAUUUAGUAGUUUAUCUUCAACAAUAUUAUGAGAUGGACUAUUGGAAAAAGUGAUAUUUUGAAUUAAUUAAAUAAAUUACGUUAAGAAAAAUUAUAUUGGAAGCUUAGAUUUAGAAUUACAAUAAAGAGUCAGUUAUAUUUAAGAAAGAUACAAAAUGUUAAUAAUUAGUGAUUGUACUUGAAGGAUCUUUAUAAAGUGAUGAUGACAAAUUAGAAAAAGGAAAUUGUUUUGGUCAUUAAUUUCUACACCAAAAGAGGAAUGAUGAUUUGAUAACAAGUGAUUAUA